GUAACAGCAGAAUAGUGAGUGCAGCUCUGGAGGAUGAGACAUGAUGUAACAGCAGAAUAGUGAGUGCAGCUCUGGAGGAUAAGACAUGAUGUAACAGCAGAAUAGUGAGUGCAGCUCUGAAGGAUAAGACAUGAUGUAACAGCAGAAUAGUGAGUGCAGCUCUGGAGGUGACUGGAGUUUAGGACACUCAGAUACGAGGUUUGCAUUAUAAACUGUCCUUUGAGGUCCAGCCUUGGGCGGGUAGCGGGCGCUCUGUGUGGACACAAUGUUCAGGCAGAACAGAGCCGUCCUUGUGUCUGGGGGAGGUUCGGCUGCUCCUCGUCUCCAUCUUCUUGUCGCAGGAGCUGACACUUGUUUAUCAGAAGCGCAGAUCUCCCAGUUUUCUGCAGGUGGCCCCUGGACCUGGACCUCCGUCUGACCAAAUAACAAGUCCAGAAAAACAUUGGAGGCCCCGGGUAAUGAUUGACAGCAUUAACCCCCUCACUCCUGGAGCUGAUCUACAUGACGCAGGAACCACAGCAGCUCAGCCCUGGAUCAUCACCCUCCGUAAUCUCAUAAUCCCAUGAAAGGGUUAGAGACUGGGUCAGACCACAUCAUGGCCGCACAAAGGACGUGGAUCCCUCAGCUGGCCGUUACCUUGGCCCUCCUUACCUGGGUCACAUCCACAGUGACUUCAAACACUACUCUCCCCAUGCUCCAUGACUGCGCCGACUUCCAGACGUCAGGAAUUUUCAAUGAUAAUACCCUCCAGGGGCAGUUCCUGCUGUUCACCCCCAAGAACCCAACAUGUGCGGAGCUGAUCCAGGUCAACGAGACGCUCAGCAUCGAGAACUCGGCCUUCAAUGCCACUCUGGACACCAAGAUCCUCAUCCAUGGCUUCAGGGCUUUGGGCACGAAGCCUUCUUGGGUUGGUGAUAUGGUGAAAUCUCUGCUGGCAGCUGAGGCGGUUAACGUGGUGGUGGUUGACUGGGUGUGCGGUGCUACCGCGAAAUACAACCAAGCAGUAGAGAAUGUUCCCCGGCUGAGCCGGGAGGUGGAGGCCCUCAUCAGACGGUUUCUGGAUUUGGGGUCCACAGAAGAAUCCUUUCACCUGAUUGGGGUGUCUCUGGGAGCCCAUGUCGCUGGUUACGUAGGACAUUACUUUGGUGGACGCAUUGGACGAAUCACAGGUCUGGAUCCCGCGGGUUAUAAGUUCACAUACGCUGACCCGGAGGAGAGGUUGGACCCCGGAGACGCCAUCUUUGUGGAGGCCGUACACACGGACACAGACAACUUCGGUAUCCGGAUCCCGGUCGGACACGUUGAUUACUUUAUAAAUGGCGGCCGGGACCAGCCGGGGUGUCCGUCCAUACGGAGACCCUAUCAAUACCUGAUCUGUGAUCACAUGCGGUCGGUCGCCAUGUUCAUCAGCGCGGUGCGGGGGAGCUGCUCCUACCUUGGAUUUCCGUGCUCCAGCUACCAAAUGUUCAAAGAGGGUCUCUGCAUGGAAUGCCAGACGAAUGCGAGGUCCUCCUGCCCCCACAUAGGAGUGAAGUAUCUCCCGGUGACUUCAGAUGUUGUGUCCAGCACCGUUCACACCAGAACCGAGAACAGCACCAGAGCGAGCGACGCCCAGAGGGACCACAACGCCCCCGACUACAACCCAGUCCUGGUGUACAUGCUGACUACUGCAGCAGAGCCAUACUGCGCUCAUCACAUAUUACUGAAGUUCAGCCUAUCGUCCAAACACGAGAACGACAUCACCAUGGAGAUCCAGCUGAUCAGCGCCGACACCGGCACCAGCAAAGCCAAGAUCACUGUACCCAAGCAGGAGCUGAACGGUCGGGCCCUAGUGGCCCACGGGACCCCCCUGUGCCGGGCGGACAUGGUGAUCGUGCGCGCCAGCAGCUCUUGGCUGUCACUGAGGAGGAGGAAGGAAUUCAGCGGGACGCUGUGCCUCGCGGAGCUGCCCGUCAGUAACAGGCAGGAGAUGAUGUGUUUGCCGCAUUUGCUGACGUUGUCCGGCAGCGUCCCCCAGAUCCAUAACCUGGCGGAGAUCAGAAGCCGCCGCUGCCAGUAACCGGACGCCAAGUGACCGCCGUCUACGUGCCAGCGGGAGGGGGAGGGGGGGGGUCAUGUGUAUGGAUGAAGAGACGCCCGGGACGGGGUGAGAGUCGCCACCUGCGGGAAACACAUGAUGGAGAGCGACGCACGAGGACGAAGCAGCAGCAGCCGCUGCCGCGAUACUCGCACAUGAUCAUUUUCACUAUCUCUUCCAGCUGUCAGUGAAUGGAAAACUCUCCAGCUGCUGUAAAGACUACAACUCCCAGCCUGACUGUCCGGCCAUGCUGAGAUCUGUAGUUCCACAAGGGCUGGGGGAAGCCGCAGGUUGGAGACCUCUGAUUAAGGGUACGUUCACACGGGCGGAUUUAUUUGCGAGUUUCCCGCUGCGUAUUUGAAAGGGGGGGCGGGCUCUUCCUGUAUGUCCGCUGUGGAUUUUCCACUGCGGAAAAUCCGCCGCAAGCCCCAAUGAAGUCAGUAGGGUCUGCGCCGGAUUUUCCGCAGCGUGAAUUCCGCCUCAAAAAAUCUGCUGCGGACAGCCAGGAAGAGCCCGCCC